AUGUCGUCGUCGUCGUCGGAUUCGCCUUGCUGUGGAACCACGUUCUGGCUCUUCGUCAUGAUCAGCAUAGCUCUUGUUGCGUUCGUUGGUUUGAUGUCAGGUUUAACGCUAGGUCUCAUGUCUCUUGGAUUAGUCGAUCUCGAAGUUCUCAUCAAAUCCGGUCGUCCUCAGGAUCGAAUCAACGCCGGUCCAUACGGGAUGAAAGUACCACAGCUAACACCUUCUAGAGUUAGACUGCUCUCUUGCAACAGAACUUUCGAUUCUUCAAAAGCAAAAGAUCGUUUAGGCUACGCCCCCGUUGUGCCUCUUCAGGAAGGUAUAAAGAGGACAAUAGACUCAUUCUCACACUUGAAAGCUCAGAAUCAACCCGAGAAAGAGGUUACUGAUUCGGUUCAAUGGAAAAAGCAGACACUCAUUGCCAUAGUCAUCCUGAUUACUCUCUAUCAUAACUUUGUUGCAACGACCGGAUCUUCGGUCGUAGUAACUGCACUUUCCAAGGUUUUGUUGGUAGCUUCGAUUUUUAUGUUCGUCAAUGGCAUUCUACCAGAGAAAAUGAAAUUGUUUGGGAGCAAGAAGAAGGACUAA